UCUUUCUCCAUCCUCAAUUCCUCCACUCUUGUAAUAUAUCCAGAACUGUCUGUCCGGCAUAAUGGAAACAAGUGGCCAAAGUAUCAAUACCCUUGCUGGCGGCGCGAUUAUUGAGCGUAUCCUUGCUCGCCUGAAUCGUAUCAAAGAGAACGGCGAAGCAAAUAUCCGUCGGUAUGCACGCUCUAUCCAGAUCGCACGAGUGUGCCGCUAUUGGUACCAAUUGACCAAGCCCGACCUCAUGAGCAGCAUUUAUAUCAUGUCAACCACGGACCCCAAAGGCCAAGUGAGGUGGCACUCAAAUAUCCCAGCUAUCAUUGCUACAGGCAUGGAGGACCAGGUCCGCAACCUGUUCAUCAGCGGGCCUGUCAUUACCAAAAAGUCCACAAUCAUCAAUGUCCUCCAGGGAGUUGGAUUCAACUUUCUUGUGCUGCCGCGGCUUUCGACUCUGUUUUUUGUAGAGUGCACAGCUGAUGACAGGUCGUCUAACUACGACGCCAAUGUUACCAAGAUUGCCUCGUUCUUUUUGCGCCGCAUGCCACAGCUAACCCGAAUUGUGCCGUCCAGCAUCCAGGAGGGGCCCGAUGGGUUUGAACCCAUCUACAGCAAGAUCCUAUUGGGCUUCUCUUCCAGGAUGAACACUCUAACCACCGGUGCAAGUAUGCUUGGCCACAAUCCAGAUGCAGCAUUCUCGAAUCUCACUCACGUAUCGCUGCACAACACCGACACUUGCAUCACCAGCAGAUAUUCGAGCAUUGCGCCUGCAUCCCUCCAGAGCCUGGAGAUCAACAAGGGCUGCAGCAUGUUCCCUUGGGACAUGUUUGGUGAUGGAACUGACCAUGACAUCGUGUUUCCAAACCUUGAGGUCCUGAAGCUUAUUUUGCCUUCACGCGGGCUGCCCUUUCGCAAGCAGAAGAUAAGUCAGUUCCGCCUGCGCUUCCCCAGACUCCAGUUUCUGAUGCUAGUUGGUACCCUAGAUUCAUUCGAGGACAUGACCGACCUCAUAUACCAGACACCAAUUAAGCAUCUAAGGUUGCACGACAACCUAGACAGGAUCCAGCAUCUUGAUCCCUCGUACGUGCGCGACCUGGACACACUUACCAUCUACCCUAGCUUUUCCCUCGAGCCGCUGCCGGUAGUUGAGCUCGACAAGGAUACAUCAUUUGUUACCAUGUUUAACACACCGUCAAAGCUCACCAGAAUUCGCCUAGGGCUCAACACACUUGAUUUCCCGAAGAUCGACACCGUGCUGUGGCACAACUUGGCCGAUGCUACGUUCAUUGUACGGUCGAUGGAGCUGAUGGCCAUCAGCACUUUUCUGACCCAGCUGCCCAGGCUCAAGACAUUCAAACUGUACACCUUGGCAACGCUUUCAAAGCACUGCGAGUACAUUCUUGAGCCACAGACCGAAACUGCCAGCACAUCGCUGCGCAUGCUCUACAUUGAGCCUGCACACUACUGCUCGUACAACGAUGCCUGGCUCUAUCUGAUGCUCCCACGGCUGCCGUCUCUCAAUAUCCUAUAUGUUCCUGAUUUCCACAAGAAAGUGGCCAAGAAAGCGAUUGACGCGAGCGGACUCCAUGUAUCUCUUAUCGAGCGUAUUCCCUUAGGCUAACAUUUGGCCUUUUCUAAUAUCAUGCAGUAAAUUAUAGUUGGC